AUGUCAUCAACUACUAGUUCCUACAAAUCCAGCAAACACCACGAGCUCGCACCGUCUCGUACAGCCCUCACGAUCCCAGCCAUAGCUCCACCAAAUGGGAAUUAUUCCCACUCCAACACGAUUCCAUCUUCAAGAUCUAUAGUGUAUCUCAGUGGGUUUAUGGGAGAUUUACCCGGCGACGGACGAAUAAUUUCAGGAGGGGUGGCCGCGCAAACUACGCAGAUUAUGAGGAAUCUGAAAGCAGUUUUGGUGGCCAGUGGGAGUGGAUUAGAUAGGAUCGCGCAGAGAAGAGUAUUUUUGGUGGAUAUGGGAGACUUGAAAACUGUAGAUAGAAUCUGGGGGGAGUGGAUUAAGGAACCAUUUCCAGUGAGCACCUGUGUGCAAAUUGUAAGGUUGGUGAAGGAGGACGCAAAAGUAGAGAUUGAAGUUGUUGCAGAAACAAAAUGA